AUGAAAGGAAAUAUAUUUUUUGUAAGUCUAAUAACCACCCUUUGUGCUUUGAUUGCAAAUGCUCAAGAAGAGUACUAUAGUGAAACUAAAUCCGAUAUUUGUAUGAAGCAAAAAGUAACCAAACUUAAAUUCUAUUACCAUGAAGUCUAUGGUCGCGAAAAUCCUACUACUGUUCUAAUUGCUCAAGCUAAUGUAACUAGAAAUGACAGUCAAGUACUUCCAUUUGGCGAUCUUAACGCUGUUAACAGCGCUUUAAGAGUCGGAUUUCGACGAGACUCGAAAAUUAUAGGGCGUGCUAAAGGACUCCAAGUAGCAUCCAACCAAGGAAAAGAAAGUCCUUCGUUGGUUGUUUAUUUGGAUUAUGGAUUAGAUAAAGGCAAAUUCAAGGGGAGUUCGUUUGUUACUGUUUCGCGGUUUUCGCGUUCAGAGACAAAGCGUGAGCUUGCAGUUAUUGGCGGAAGAGAAAAAUUUAGAAUGGCUACAGGUUAUGCUAAAGUUCAAAGGCUGAUAUCCAAUGCAACGGGAGAAUAUACUAUUAAUAAAACUGUAUUUGAUACAGUGACCAAAACAAAGAAAGCAAAGGAGUUUAUAAAGCUAUUUUUUGAAAAUUAA